AAAUAUCGUGAUUAGGUUAUAUGGUUAAUUGUCUUUCACCGCCAUCUGUCAAUUGGAGUACAAAUUAUUUCUUAUUGUGUUCCUUUUAUUCAUUACGACUGUCAUUACUUAUUAGCGUGAUGCUGAACGAAAGAAAAAAAUAUUUGUUGUUACAGUGAGAGAUCAGAAAAUGCAUCUUCACCGACCCAAAAUCUAUUUCUGUGCUGUGAUUAAAUGUUUUUCAAAUAAAUGGAAUAUGGCAAAGACUAAAACAAUUAGUAAAGGCUGCCCAAAAUGUGAACUGCAGGUACCUGUUGCGUGCAAAGCAUGUCCAUGUGGGCAUUCAUUUUUCAAUGCAAGGCGUAAUUCAAUUAAAAGUCCUCCUAGUCCUGAUAAUGGAGUAAUGAAAACUAGGCAAACUAAUCGACCCAAACAGAAACCAAAUUAUUACGAUUCAUUAGAGUAUGAUAAACAAUCAAAGAAAAGUGCAAAAAUAAGAAAAGCGACAGAUGCUGCUAGCGACAUAGACUGCAGACAAUUAAAUAAAAAGAAGAAACGAAAAGGAAAAACUAAAGGUAAAAAUGGAUGUAAUAAUGGAAUGGCAGAUGACGAUGAUGAAGUGCAAGGAAUUAACGGUUUAUCACCGGAGAAGCAGCUCACGUGCACUUUAAUACUACAAGAAUUAAAUAACAAAAUGAGAGUUGUAGCCUGGAAACCGACAUAGAAAAAUUAAAACUAUUUAAGUGAAAAGAAUAUAACUUUUAUUAAAGAUCACUGUGUUUAAUUACAUCUGUUUGUAUGAAAAAUAUGUAUUUCCUACUAAGACUGUUUCUUUCGUCGCAGGACCUGCCGCAAUUCUUCGUUUUCUACAAAUAACCAUAACGUAACAUGUAAAUACAAUGUAUAUAAUGUUGACGUAAUACAUAAGGCAAAUAACAAACUGUAAACCAAUUUUUUUUAGAAGCAAUUCUUUACAGUGUAUAUAGUAUAUAUGCGUAACAAUAUUUGCCCUACAUCGUUCGUUUUCACUUAAUUGUAAACGGUGUAAAUGAGAAGAUCUAUUUACCAAUAAAACGAGAGAGACUUGCA